AUGGCCGAAGAUCCAACUGCAGACACCACUGAUGGCAUCGAUUCGAACCCUGCACCUGCUCCGGGGAAGCUGGUCACAGUUCUAAGCAUAGAUGGAGGAGGUGUGCGCGGGCUUAUCCCCGCAACCAUCCUCGCCUUCCUCGAAUCCAAGCUCCAAGAACUCGACGGACCGGACGUAAGAAUCGCAGACUAUUUUGAUGUGAUUGCUGGAACGAGCACCGGAGGCCUCGUUACUACGAUGCUUACAGCACCCAAUAACGACGGCCGGCCGCUCUUUGCUGCAAAGGAUAUCAUUCAGUUUUUUCUGGAUAAUAGCCCCAAGUUUUUCCCGCAAAAGAAAGCUGGUAUCGUGUGGAACUUGUUUGACGCAGCCACUGGACCCAAGUACGACGGCAAGUAUCUGCACUCCAAGAUUCAAGAACUGCUCGGUGACACGAAGCUUAGCCAAACCCUAACCAACAUAGUCAUUCCCACUUUCGACAUCAAGCUUCUGCAGCCCAUCGUCUUCUCGACCUUUGAGACGAAGUACACACCGUUGAAGGACGCUCUCCUGUCGGACAUUUGCAUCGGUACGUCUGCAGCACCAACUUAUCUUCCUGGUCAUUACUUCCAGACGGAAGACCAUCAAGGGGGCACUCGGGAGUUCAACCUCGUCGACGGUGGUGUGGCUGCAAACAACCCGAACGAUGGACAGACUUUAACUGCGAUGAGCCAAGUAACGAAGGAGAUCUUGAUGGAGAAUGCGGACUUCUUUCCGAUCAAGCCGGCGGACUCCGGCAGGUUCCUCGUCAUCUCUCUGGGGACUGGUUCUAACAAGCAAGAGGGGAAAUUUAGCGCGCAAGAGAGCGCCAAGUGGGGCUUGCUCGAGUGGCUGUACAACAAGGGAAGCACUCCUAUCAUCGACAUCUUCUUUCAGGCGAGUGCAGACAUGGUGGACAUCCACGUACCUGUUCUCUUUCGAGCACUCCACUCCGAGGAGCAUUACCUACGCAUACAGGAUGAUACUUUGGUCGGCGACGCCUCGUCGGUGGACAUCUCGACGAGGGAGAACUUGGAGAAGCUGGUGGAGAUGGGCAACGAGCUGCUUAAGAAGCCAGCGUCGAGGGCGAACUUAGAGAAUGGAACGUUCGAGCCAUGUGAGGCAGAGGAAACGAACGAAGAAGCCCUCUUUCGUUUCGCCCGGAGGCUCUCCAGUGAAAGAAAGCUGAGGAACUCUUUCAAGUUACUGAGAUGA